AUGGGACGUGUGAAGUUUCCUUGCAUGCCUCCGCUCACCUAUGCGAGGCGGGAUGCCGCCGCGGCGUGCAAGGAAAAACGAGCACCGUCGCUAGUGCCGCUGCAACACUCUGUGAUAACUUUUGGCUCGCACCACAAUGCACCCCACCUGGUCCCCUUUAACGCCGUUGUGGAGGGCAACCGCACAGGUGAGGUGCGUCUGGCGCAUUCUGGCGAGCAGCGAAGAUCCCGGGACGAGGGGGUUGAGGCUGAGCAGAACAAAAUUAGGCAGCUUAGUGCAGAGCUGCAGCGGGCACUGGACAAGUUACGGGUGAAGAACAAUGAGGAGCAAAAACUUCGACGGAGGGCGGCGGUAGCACAACUUCAAUUGGCGGAGGAAGUGGAGCGGCGAACGUCUACCGUCCAUGGUAUCCUGCAGUUAAUGAAGCUUCAGGGGGACUUCAUGCGCGGAACCAACGCCGAGGUUUGUCGCCUUCUUCAAGUAGCUGGAGAGGAGCGCGACGCGGCUGUUCGCAGCCUCAGCGACGAACGCGCGUCGAGGGUCGGUGAAGGAAAGGCGCAAGAAAAACUAAAUUCCCUUCAGAUAGAAAACGAUGGUCUUCGACAGCAACUUGAGGAGGCGUGGAGGGCAAAGACGGGGUUGGAAAAUGACUAUAAAAGACUUCAGGGAGAAAAAGAGAAGGAUGAGGUCAAUUUUUCGAAACUCAGGCAGCAACUAGAGCUGGACCUCAUGCGCACGCAGGCGCAACUCCAAGGCGUCAAUAGGGAGCUCGCCGAGGCAAAGAACACAAUGACAACCUCUGACACCCAACUGCAGCAGGUUCAACUCUUCAUUCAGAUGGUGUGUCAGCCGGAUUUCUAUGUCGUGAAGGACAGGUCACUGGAGCCUGUGGAUAAAAACAGACGUGAUCCGACAGGAUUUGUCCUUGUGCCUUUGGCGGUCUUACUGCAGGGGUACACGCUGCUUGCGCCAAGUUGUCGUCAGGACCUCAUUGAAUCCUAUCGGGCCCGCCUUCCAUAG